AUGGCUUUGCGACAUGCCUGGCGCAGAGGAACUCCGAACUCCGGCACCACAUCGCUCUCAGCCCUCUCCACCACCGCCAUCAAGGACGGUCAUCAAGGCCAGCCGCACCCCUACGGCCGUCAUGCACAUCAUUCCCCAUCUGCAUCCAACACCUCGACCAGCACUCUUGAAGCGGAACGGGCCGAUCGCAUUUCACGGCUGGCCGGUUUAGAACGAGUGGCUACGGCCCGGGCGGGUGGCACAUCCCAACCCAGUGGCCUCGUGCCCACCCCCCACCCCCCCGGGUACUUUGAAAGCGGGCCAGGGAUCAAAGAGCGCAGUACGGUGGGCAGUGCCAGUGCCACGGGCAGUGUGGGGGCUCGCACGACCUGGGCCAGCGGCAGUGAUGCGUUCGAUGCGGACAAGAUGAGUGAGUACCCGGAAGACGGCACAUCGAGUGUGGGCAACUUCAGUGAUGAAGGCGAUGCCAGUUUGGUCGCUUUUGGAGAGGGCGCCAGCACGAUCAGUGGACCCGUCUCGAAUCCGCUGGUGAAUCGGAACUCGUCAGGAGGCCGGCCAGGCUCAUUCGGUAGCCCUGGGCUGGCGCGCGUCAAUCCCAUGGUGGCGGCGCAGCACUCGGGCGGCGACACGGCUAUACUGCGAGCCACGGCCUCUCCUACCGGAUCGGUCACUCCUGAGCCUACCCAGGAUGCCCGGAUGAUGGAUGGAAUGACCUAUGAUUCGAAUGUGGUUGAUACGACCGUGAGGACCCCUCGCCUGGCCACCCCGGCGGAUGGUGGCAAUCCCCACCGGGAGAUCUAA